AUGGAUGUAUGCGUUGGAUUCCACAACCUACAAAUCGAACUCUACGCUUACGCUGUGGUCGUACGUCGCCUUUUUUAUGCCGUUGACCUCGCCAGCCAAACGUACGACCGUUUUCGCUUACGUGGCCAUCAGUCAAAAAAAGAAAUAAUAUUCGCAAACACCGACGCCAACAAGGUCUGCAUCCAACGUCAGCGAACUGCUGAACAUAGAAAAAAUACGUGUGGAAAACAAAACGAUUCUACAGCAAUGGAGAACCAACCGUGUCUGGCUGCAUUGAUAUCAAGUGAGAAAGAUUAA